AUGAAAUUAAGAAUAAUUAAAAUUUUAUUAGUUUUUAAAAUAUUGUUUGUUGCCAUUGGUAAUGGAGAAAUAAUUAAAGAGUAUAGAAGUUCAUUGUAUGGUUUUAAGGAUGGUGAUAUGGAUAGAGCAGAAAGAGUUUGUUUUGAUCAUGGUGGGGGUUUUGAACUAUCAUAUAUUGAUUCAAACUCAAUAAAUUCAGAAAUAUUAAUAUAUACACAGGAGAAUUAUGAAUCAUUAAAUAAAUCUGCUUCGUGUAAUGAAAAGAAAUUACAAAGUAGUUUUAUAAUGUCAAAUAAAAAGAAUUCAGAUUCGCUAAGAUACCAAUUGGAUUUAUAUUAUAGUGAGGAAAUUAAUGAAAAAUGUUUUUAUGUAGAGCCUGUUGAUUGUAACCCAAUAUUUACUAUUCAAAACACAGAUAAACUCGAAUUUUAUUAUAGUUUGGAUAUUUAUGAUUAUAAAGAUGACCCAACAUAUUCACCUGUACCAGAGUUUGUAGUUUUCUUUUUGAUCUCAUUUUUGGUGCUUUUAAUAGUUUCAGUAUAUCAAUUAUUUAAUUUAAAAACUCAAAAAUUAGAAUCAAGACAAGUUACAAUUUUAUCAUUAGCAAUUUUAUUUUGGUUUUUAUCACUUGCUUCAUUAGUAUCAAUAUUUAGAAUAUUUAAAAUUGCAGGUAAUUCAAUUUUUACAUGUUUGUUGUUAUUAUUAAGUCAAGGUUGGACAAAGUCACCAAACUAUGGAACUACAUGUGGUAAAAUAGUUAAUGCAGGUCUCAUUAUUGUUUUAGUUGCACUGGGAUGGACUAUUCAUAUAAUUAAUCAUUACAAUGACUUUAUUACACAAUUGUUUAGUAACCCAUAUCAAUCCCCAGUCGGAUAUGUAUUAAUAGUAGUUUAUUAUUUAAUAGUUGUAUAUUUUAUUGUUGGAGGUGGUCGUUUUAAUACCAGAUCUCAAAGACAAUUGGAUGGAAGUGUGGUUCAAAUGGACUCAAGAUUACAUGGAUACACUGUUCAAUUAAAGGUUGUUUUUUCAGUAUGGAUUAUCUCGAUUCCACUCAUUUCAUCAUUUUCAUUGGGGGUUCAUAAUGAUUUCCAUAGAUUUGUAAUAGUUACCCUAGCAUCCUACAUUAUCAAUUUAACUUUUAUUUUGGUUUUCCUUUACUUUUAUCAUCCAUGUAAACACAAUUAUGCAGUCCAACCAAUUGGCUUUUUUUUAAUGAAAUGA